GACCUUUACAAUUACAUGUUUUUAGAUAUAACUUUGAUAAUGACAUACGUAAGUCCUGGAAGAUUAUCUCUACCCCGUAUAGAUUGUGAAUUAGAACAGACUCCGGACAAGAGCGAGAUGCAGAUAGAAACCCAAUUAACAAUUUCACCAAGUUCCAGUGGCCGAUUCUCAACCGAAGUCGGAGAAAAUAGUGAACCAAGGCGCCUUUCCCAUCUCCCGGAGUACUCCAAUCCAAUACCCACUCCUGUCGGACAUUUGAACUAUCGAGAGUAUCAAAACCCAUCAGGAUAUAGUUAUCCGGUUGAAGAAAACUUUCCUCAAAAUUUUAACACUUGUAAAUCAGAUUUAAAUUUUGGCGAACAAGACUGGCGAAUGACUCCACGGCAAUGUUUUUCGUACCAAAAUUCUGAUUAUACAUCAGCAUCAAAUCUUAGAGGAGAUUGUAACAACUUCGAAGAAAAUAAAUUAUUACAAGGAAGCUAUCCGCAAGCGUUAGUGGCUUCUCAAGUACAAGCAUUUCAAUCAGAAGUUGGCGUUGGAACAUGGAAAGGGUUCCCCAAUUAUUUUCCCCGCGAUUCAACAAGCACAAACAAGUCGAAACCAGCUUUUCCAUUUUCAAAUCCUCCGGAAUUUUUCUGUUUAGCUACUACGGAUACAAAAAUUAUAUCGCCUGCUCAAUCAGAAAAUAAUCAAGCUAAAAGUUCCAAGAAUGAAACUUCAUCUCUCGAUGUAAACGGUGCUGCAUCUAGUCUUGAACGUAGUCCAAAUAUGAAUGACAAAAAGUUCAAUAAAUUAGAAGUUUCGGUUCAGAAAAUACAAGAAUCGUCAACGAAUAACCAAAGUUCAGUGCAAACUGAAGAUAAAUCCGAUGUGAUGACAUCUGCGGAAGCAGAUUCUUCCGUAGAUAGUAAAAAGAAAUUACAAGAAAAUGAUUCAAAGGCAAAAACAAAGCGUCAUAGAACAAGAUUCGCCCCCUCGCAGCUUAACGAUUUAGAAAGAAGUUUCAGCAAGACCCAUUAUCCAGAUAUUUUCAUGAGAGAAGAGCUUGCACUACGAAUUGGACUUUCAGAGUCAAGAGUUCAAGUCUGGUUCCAAAAUCGUCGAGCAAAAUGGAAAAAGAAUCGAAAGUGUACCAAUACUCCCCCGACACCAAUGUUUUAUGGUUCUGCACCAACUCAAGGCUUUCCAUACGUAGAAAAUAUGGUGAAUCAUUAUCCCGCUACCAAUGCUUUUAAUAGAAACUUAUAUUCCAGUUAUCAAUCUCAACAAUGGAGUCCAAAUUUUCCUAAUAAAAAUUCUAUGUAGCUUUUUUUUUUAAUCAUGUUGAAUAUGAUAAUGAUUCAGCACUACUGUGAGCAUGUGUCAGCAUUUUAAUAACUUAUUAUCAAGUAAUAUAAUUUUAUGGUUGGAAUGCAACAUACAUCAGAGAGUCCCCCAUUUCUAUCAAUUAAGAACCGUUACCAGACUUAAUAAACGAACAUUCCAAUAUUGGUUGAGGUUUGAUGACAUAAGAAAAAAAAUUGGAUUAUGCAGUAUUCUAUUUAAUUGUUCUUUAUGCGCCUUUCCGUUUGCUAUUUACUCUUUGAUGUUGCUCUGUCCGGCAAUGAGUAUUCAAGCUUCGUAACAUUUAUUAUGUGAUGGAUUAUUUUGCAUUUUGUCGUAUAGUUUUGCAAUAAACUGUCAAAUUUUAUGUGA